CUGUGUGUGUGAGUGUCUGUGUGUGUCUGUGUGAUUGUCUGUCUGUAUGGGUGUCUGUGUGUAUGUCUGUGUGUGACUGUCUGUGUGUGUGAGUGUCUGUGUGAGUGUCUGUUUGUGUGAGUCUAUGUGUGUGAGUGUCUGUGUGUGAGGUGUGUGUAUGUCUUUGUCUGUGUGUGUCUGUAUGAGUGUGUGUCUGUGUGUGUGUGAGUGUCUGUCUCUGUGUGUGUGAGUGUCUGUCUGUGUGUCUGUCUCUGUGUGUGUGUCUGUCUGUGUGUCUGUGCGAGUGUGUCCGUCUGUGUUGCAGUGAAUGUAUGUCUGUGUAUAUGUAUGUCUGUGUGUCGGUGUGUAUAUGUGUGUCUGUGUAUGUCUGUCUGUGUGUGUAUGUCUGUGUGUAUGUAUGUCUGUUUGUGUGUGUCUCUGGUGGGGAGCGGUAGUGUAGUGGUUAGCGCUACGCUGCGCUAUGAACCUGGCGACCCGAGUUUGAUUCCCGCUCAAGGCCAACAGCAGUGACGAUUAUCUGAACCGUUCCUGGGCCUCCCCUAGGUCGACUCAGCCUCAAAUGAGUACCUGGUGCGGUGUGUAGUCAACAUCGCCACUGGGGAAACAAAGGCGGUCGGGCGUGGUGCUGGCCACCCACCCCCUCGUGUGCCAUGCCGGCCUUCAUAGGUGCUCGCUAACAGCACUUGCCCGCACAUUCUGUUCAGGCUACACAGGGGGAUCUUUGUUUCUGUGUGGCUGUGUGUGUCUGUGUGUAUCUGUGUGUGUGUCUGUGUGUAUCUGUGUAUGUGUCUGUGUGUGUAUCUGUGUGUGUGUCUGUGUGUAUCUGUAUGUGUGUGUAUCUGUGUGUGUCUCUGUGUACCUUUCCCGGCAUAGUGUGCUGGGAAAGGUCCUGGCAAGGAUUAUUCAACAUCGCCUUGCUCGGCACGCUGAGGAGAGGCUUGCGGAGCCCAAUGCGGUUUCAGGAAAGGGCGGUCCUGCACAGAUGCCGUAUUUUCUGUCCGUCUGCUACAGCAGAGGUGUAGGGAAUUCCAACAAGACCUACAUCUCUGCUUUAUUGACCUGGUCAAGGCCUAUGAUACCAUCAGUAGGCCUGGGCUCUGGGUUGUUGUUUGUGCUUUCGGAGUCCCUAACCCACUGUUCACGAUCAUUAAGGACCUUCAUGAUGAUGGCCUUGCACGCCCAGUCGCCGUUCGUCGUCAAACGAGAGAACGAAGAGAAUCCGAGCCUCUGGACGGGACCGGCCUCGAUGGUGAAACACGAGGACGCCGACGCCUUCGAGACGUGCGGUGACUUUUUCUUGGAACCGCGGCUUCCAGGAGGGCGGGGACCGGGAGCCGGCGACGAGGGGUCGGAGGAGCCCGCGGAUGCCUUCGCGUUUCUCGCCGCUCCAGGCCGCAAGUUCAUCGACAUGGAGGUGUGGACGGAGGACUUUGAUGAAGUGAUGGUGACGGAGGAGGAGGAGGAGGCGGCGGGGGCAGUGGUGAAGCGGGAGUACGAAGGGAGAUGGAGCCCCGAGUUCCUGAGGAUCGUGGUGAAAACCGAAGUGGGCGAUGACGCGCUGCGUCCGGAGCCACGAGAGGCCCCCUGGAGGCCGGCUGAGGCGGACGAAUCUGGCGGAGGUCACUUCACCGCAGACCGGAACUUCAUCGAGGUGGAGGUGUCGGAGGACGACGAGGAGGAGCGUAACGAGGGAAGAGAGCCCCUAUGGGAGGGGUGGUGCGGGAGCGCGACGGGGGCGCACGAUGCCGGACGAUCCCCCAGUGGGCGGCACGGGAGGCCGCCGCCCACCGCCGCCAAUCGGACGGGGAGCGGACUCGGAGGGAGCGCGGGGGCGGCGCCCCCCGGUGGCGGCAGGAAGAGGCCGCACGCUUGCGGCAGGUGCGGCAAAGUGUUCGCGCGGCCCUCCGACCUGGAGAAGCACUCGAGGACGCACACGGGCGAGAGGCCGCACGCGUGCGGCGAGUGCGGCAAAGCGUUCGCGACGCGCUACAACCUGCGGACGCACUCGCGGACGCACACGGGCGAGAAGCCGUACGUCUGCAGCCGGUGCGGCAGGGGCUUCGCACAGAACGGCCACCUCAAGAGGCACUUCAGGAGGCACUCCAGGACGUACACGCCGCAGUGACGAAGGCCUCGA